CAAAGAAAAAAUAACUUGGCCGAAUCAACAUUGAGGGUUGUUGGUUUGUUAAAUAGUGGGAAAUAAUUAAUUAAAGGCCUAAUUAAUUAUUCAACAUGAUAGAUAACCUAGUUUGCAAUCUCAUUCUCUAGAUGGCAUCCAACAACACGAAUAGUCAUUCAAUCAACCUGCGUUAUAUCCUCGAGAGCCAAAAACUCUCCGGGGAAAACUUUAUUGACUGGGAGUUAAAUCUCCGAAUUGUUCUUGAACUGGAAAGGAAGCUCUAUAUCCUUGAUAAAGAGCCUUCAAAUGCACCCGUGGCGAACGCACGCGCUGCCGAACUCGCUUCUUACCAGAAGUACGAGGACGACAAGCGUGACGUGAAGUGCAUCAUCCUGGCCAGCAUGAUCCCAGAGCUCCAAAGGCUCCACAAUGACAUGGAAGCGCGCACCAUGAUGCAGCGCUUGAGAGACCUUUACCAAGCAGAGUAUGGUCAAACUGUCGUGAAUUUCUAUAUGAACAAACUCGACAUGACCUUGGCUGAGCUGUUGAAAUUCCUCACCACCGCUGAGGAGAGUCUUGGGAGAGGAAAGGCAAAACCCGUCCUGAUGGUGGAGGACGGUGCACUGGCAAAGGGAGACAAAGCGGGAGCCCAGAAGAAGAAGAAGAAAGUAGCUGUUGUCUGUUACCAUUGUGGCAAGAAAGGCCAAUGGAGGCGCAACUGCGCAAAGCUUAUGGCAGAGAGGAAAGCGGGCAAACAUCCCGUCACCUCAGGUAUUUACGUUAUUGAAGUCAACAUGUCUGAUUUCACCGCUUGGGUGAUUGACACUGGAUGUGGUUCUCACAUCUAUACUUCUAUGCAGGAUCUGCAUGAGGUGAGACAGUUGACUGAGGGAGAGGUUCAGCUUAGAGUCGGCAAUGGAGCAGUUGUCAAUGCGUUGGCCGUCGGAACCUAUAAUUUACCUCUUCCUAGCAGGAAUAUUAUUUCUGUCUCCUGCCUUGACAAAGCAGGAUAUUCCAUUGUUCCCAGAACCAAAAUCAGAACUGAACUGGUAUCGUGUCUAGCCCUAGUCGAGAGUAAGUUAAUAGGGAUGGAGGGGUUGGAGAACAAACUUUGGCCAAAGUUUUUACAUUGAACAAGACUAACCCCGUGUACGUACGUGAAAUGUUAUUUCAAUGGUAAGAUGAGUGAAUUAGAAGUAAAAAUAUAGAGCAUUGGAUGGG